CGUGUAUAAGGUGCCACGGUGUACACGUACGAGCCGCUGUCCGACGGCUUACCAGUCGAUUACACGUGUGUAUCGCACAAAAGCAUCGAUCGCCACAACAUAAGUUAGCUUUGCAUGAAAAACGCGUAUUUACGUUUAACAAUAUUCGGGACAUCCCACAUUACAUCAUGUCUACUAUGUCCGAAGCUGAAGAAGACUUGCGUCCGCUCCCGGACUGUAGAGUCCGAUACUCAGCGAGUCCGUUGGACUUGAAACGGAAGCACGUUGACGAUUCUUCACCACCACCGUCACAGCAGCAGCAGCAGCAACAGCAGCAGCAACCACCACGGCAGCCACUUUUGCUGCAAUCAACGCCAUCCAAGACGAUGCAGCAGAAGACGUCGUUCUGUAUUGAAGCACUGCUCGGACGUCGGGAAGUAUCGCCACGGCGCAAUAACAAGACGUCAUCGCCGGCGGCUGUGUCGUCUGACUGUUCAUCCACGCCGUGCUCCAGCCGCAGCGCUUCAGUGUCCCCAGGCCCCGAGCACGGCCGACUAUUUCGGUACGGAUACAGAGACGGCGAUGACGCAGUUUCCGAGAUGCGAUCGCUACACCAUACGUACGGUGAUUACGCCGCAAAAUCUGUGGACCGCUUCCCGGUGGUAACGACCGUUUCUGGUAUCGGGCCCCCGUCUCUACAAUCACAGACACAGACGCCGACGACGGCCAUCCUAACCCGGGACCACGGACGCCGGAACGGUAGCGGGCCGUUCAGCUAUGUCCAUCACGGCGGACACUCGUCGUCAGCGUUCCAGCCACUCCAACCCCGUGGUGACGGUGGUUCUCCAGGAUCCGCCACCGCGACUGUGGUGGUCACGAGCGUGCAGGGCGCCACGUUGCCGGCAUCCACACCCACAGCCGCAGCAGCAGCGGCCGCAGCAGCCAACCGUUCCAACGUAUCCGCUGGCCAACUCCAGCAGAUGCAACUGGAAUGGUUCGCACGGGCAGGAAUGUUCUACGCUGGACCCAGAUUGCACGAUCUGACGGGUAAGACGUGUUACAUUUGUCAAUAG